ACUGUCCUUGAGUUAUAAUGUAGGUAGGAAGAAGUAAAAGGGGCUCAAUUGUUUUUCUGUCAACGCGAAAUUUAGUUAUUUAUUUGGCUGAAAAUGUCAGUGAAACAUGCUCUCAGUCGGGGGUUGGAGCUGGGGAGGUCAGUUUUCCAGCUGGGUCUCUUCAAACCAGCCGGCCGUGUGGCAGCGAAGUUCCGCGGUGAGCGGCUGCGUGUGUCCCGUCCGACCCGCACCGUCCAGCCGCAGACCUUCUUGCCUGGCCGGUACCGCUUCUUCCGCCUGUCUCUCAGCGGGCUGGCCGCCCAGCUCCAGUCCGGCGCUUUCAGGAGAGUGAUUGGGGGUGGUUCACCCAGAAACAGGGCUGUUUUCCUGGCGUUUGGGGUGGGUUUAGGGCUGAUUGAACAGCAGCAGGAGGAGGACAGGACAAGCGUUGCUCUGUGUCAGGAGAUACAGUCCGUAUUCAGAAAGAAAAAGUUCCAGAGCCCUCUGAAGCCCUUUACAUCAGGCUACAAGUUGGAGGACUAUGUCAUUGGGAAACAGAUCGGGAAAGGUUGUAAUGCAGCCGUGUAUGAGGCAGCGGCUCCGUUCGCGUUCCCUGCGGAGACUGAGAAGUGUUCACUGGUGGAACUGAACCAGAAAGAAACAGAUGAUGACAAUAAGAAAGCAGGACCGCUUAGAUUCCCUACUACACCCAGCUUUCCUUUAGCUAUGAAAAUGAUGUGGAACAUUGGGGCUGGUUCAUCAAGUGAUGCCAUCCUUCGCUCUAUGUCUAUGGAGUUGGUUCCUGCCUGUCCACAGGCCUUAACGAAAGAGCAAGGAGAGAUUGCUUUGAAUGGGCACUUUGGAACAGUGCCUAAACGGCUGACCGCUCAUCCCAACGUGAUCACAGUGUACCGGGCCUUCACCGCGGAGGUCCCGCUGCUGCCUGGAGCUCAGGAGGAGUACCCCGAUGUCCUGCCUGCCCGACUCAAUCCAUUGGGUUUGGGCAGUAAUCGAACACUGUUCUUGGUCAUGAAGAAUUACCCAUGCACCCUGCGGCAGUACCUGGAGGUGUGCGUGCCAAACCGGAUGCAGGCCUCUCUCAUGUUGCUGCAGCUGCUGGAAGGGGUGGACCACCUGUGCAGACAGGGCAUCGCUCACAGAGACCUCAAAUCAGACAAUGUGCUCCUGGAAUUUGACAGCACCGGGUGUCCCAGACUGGUGAUCACUGACUUUGGGUGCUGUCUGGCAGAGGAUUUGGGCCUCAAACUGCCCUUCAACAGCUGGUGGGUCAACAGAGGGGGAAACUCCUGUCUGAUGGCACCUGAGGUAGCCACAGCAGUCCCAGGUCCAGGGGUGACGAUUGAUUACAGUAAAGCAGAUGCCUGGGCCAUAGGGGCGAUUGCCUAUGAGCUCUUCGCUCAGCCAAACCCCUUCUACAGCUCACAGGGGCUGGAGAGCCGCAGUUACCAGGAAAGACAACUCCCUCCACUUCCUGCUGCUGUACCUGCUGAAGUACAGCUAGUAGUGAAGCUCCUGCUACGCAGAAACGCUCGCAAGCGCCCCAGUGCACGAGUGGCCGCUAACAUACUUCACAUCAGCAUGUGGGGCAAGCGUGUCUUGGCCAGCUUGGAUCAGGCAAGAAUGGAUAAAAUGGUCGACUGGCUGCUGUGUCAGUCUGCUGUGGUGCUCCUGCAGGGUCGUGGGCCCGGCGGAAGCUCAGUGGAAGCUGAACUCCAGAGAUCCUUCCUUGCCAACAUAGACCUGGAGGACCUCCGAACCGCAGUCAGCUUCCUCGUGUAUGGACAAGAGCAAUGGCAGUCUCUGCUCAUGCACUAGUGUGUGUGUGUGUGUGUGUGUGUGUGUGUGUGUUUACUGUAGAAACAAGCACAGCUCAUUACCAAGUGAGUUAUUUUUUCAAGCUGUUCCUUUGAUUUCUUUCAGUAGACUGUGAAAGCAAUUUAAUUUGUAUGUCUAUCACUGACAUAUUUUGAAAUUGACAAUUUAUGCAUUUGCACUUUUCACUAUAUAUAAGAAUACUUUAUGCAGUUUAGAACACUUUAGAAUAACCAGCUUAAUAACCACUUUAACAGGAGAUAUUCAGUUCAAACCAGGUACAAACUCAUGCAUAAUUAAUAUACACAGUAUAUCACCGUAUACGGAAUAUUGAAAAAGUUGAAUAAAUUAAAAAAAUUGAUGCAUUUCUGACAGGAUAUUCAAUGUGAAUUUGGUUUUAUCCUUGAUGACUGAUGCAUCAUGAAACAUUGGUGUUGUUUACCAGAAUUGAGUUAAUUGGAGAGGUUGAAAACGAUUGGUAUUUGUGACGUCAUUUGAAAAGGCAGUUCAGAGGUGGAGCAAGUUAUUAUGUUUUGAUAAGUUCACUAUGAUAUUCUUUGUAACGACAUGUUCAGAUGAAUUGUACAAUUAGACCAGGAAAUGUAAAGAGAGUGACUUUUGAAUGCAGGUUGACUUCAGUGUAUAGGCUGGAAAGGAGUCAAAAACAAUAAAGAAUUUGAAUAGUA